UAUAUAUAUAUAUAUAUAUUGGUCUACAAUUACUAGGAAGUCGGUUGUGGUGGUGAUAUGGACGAUGUUGAUUGAGAGCCUAGGUUAUGGAUCUCUCAUCGCCAACUUCAUCUUCUCUCUCAUCGAACUCAUCGUCUUCAGCUCCACCAACCUCUUGGUUUUCCGGCAUUGUUCGCGGCCGUGUGGAUCGCUCCAGCAGCCUUAAAAUGGCCAACAACCCCGCCGACUCCGUUGGCCCUAUCAAUCGGAAGAAGCAGUUUCGAGGGGUCAUGUUCAAGUACGGUCCCAAACCUAUUCAGGUUGCAUUCAAAACAGGUGAUUAUAAACAACAAGUCAUUUUUAUUGGCGGAUUAACUGAUGGAUUUUUGGCUACUGAAUACUUGGAACCUCUGGCAAUUGCUUUGGAUAAAGAGAAAUGGUCUCUAGUUCAGUUUCUGCUCUCAUCUUCUUAUAGCGGAUAUGGCAUCUCAAGCUUGAAACAAGAUGCCGUCGAACUUGACCAAUUGAUCAAUUACUUAAUAAACAAGGAAGAUUCUGAGGGUGUGGUAUUGCUUGGCCAUAGUACUGGCUGUCAGGAUAUUGUAUAUUACAUGCGGACAAAUGCUGCAUGCUCUAGAGCAGUGCGUGCUGCUAUCUUCCAGGCUCCGGUAAGUGACCGGGAAUAUCUGGCAACUCUUCCUGAAACAGCUGCUAUGAUUGACUUGGCUUCAACAAUGAUAAGUGAAGGUCGGGCAUCAGAAUUAAUGCCAAGGGAAGCAAAUCCAGAUGCCCCAAUCACUGCCUCUAGAUAUCACUCCCUUUGUGCGUACAAUGGGGACGAUGACAUGUUUAGUUCUGAUCUUAGUGAUGAUCAGCUGAGAAUGAGACUUGGACACAUGUCUAACACACCUUGCCAGGUUUUGUUUUCAAUGGCUGAUGAAUAUGUGCCAGAGUACGUGGACAAGAAAGCAUUAGUUGACAGAUUAUGCAAAGCAAUGGGUGGUGCAGAGAAAGUUGAAAUUGAAUGGGGAAACCAUUCCUUGUCUAAUAGAGUGGAAGAAGCUGUCCAGGCCAUAAUAGAUUUUGUUAAAAGAGAGGGACCCAAAGGCUGGGACGAUCCGUGGAGCUAAUAUGGUGAUUCCCUCGUACCAUUUUCUGCUUUUCAUUAUCUCAUUUUGCAGAUAUUGUUGAUUUCUAUAUUCAAUUCUGCUUCUUUUCCUACAUUUUUUAAAUUUCUUUGUCUCAGUAUUUUUCUUCUUAGUUUGUUUGUGUAUUAGAGAUUUCUGAGUUUGUUGAAGGCUUGAGUGAGUUUGAACUUACAUAUAUGUAUUAAAGAGACUGAUUUUAUUUGCAGUGUUUGAUUUUGUUGAAGAGAGCAUAAAUCUGGUGUUCUGUAAGAAAAUUUUAUUUACUAGGAAAAGAAAAGGUAAAGUUUCACUUCUAA